AUGUCCCCAAUUAGUGAGACAUUUGACAGUAUGAGCAGCGAAGAGGAUGAUGAAGGUGAACGUCAUCCGAGAAGAGUGAAGAGGUAUCCCGAGUGGAUGCCGAAGUGGGACCUUAAAGAAAAAGUGCAAUUAUUAGUUGGGUUGAAGUUCAGCAACCCUACUGAGUUCAAGAAAGCCUUACAAGUGUUUGCGGUGCAAAAUUCAUUUGACUACAAAUACCAGCACAAUGAGAAGACGUGGGUCUCCGCAGUUUGCAAGAAAAAUUGUCCAUGGAGAAUACACGCAAGCUGGUCCAACUGCAAAUCAUUCUUCCAAAUCAAAACCUUCCACGCAAAUCAUAAUUGUGGCAGCCAUUACCACAACAAGCGGGCAUCAAUACCUUGGGCUGCUAAUAGAUACUUAGACAGUUUUCGGGACAAUAGAGACUUGAAACCGAAAGUUCUGAGAGAGAUGAUCAUGAGGGAUUACCAUGUUGGGAUGAACCCGUUGAGCUGCCACUAUGCAAAAAGAAAGGCACUAGAGAUCUUGGAUGGUAUAGAUGGUGAGCAAUACAAGCACAUCAGGGAGUACGCCAAUGCAUUACUGCAUUGGAAUCAGGGUCCCUUAGCGUACAUUCAGCGGGAUUGA